AUGCCAUCAUAUGCUAAGUUCUUAAAGGAGAUAUUAUCAAAUAAAAGGAAGCUUGAUGACUAUGAGACAAUGGCUCUCACAGAGGAAUACAGUGCAAUCUUGCAGAACAAAUUGCCUCCAAAGCUAAAAGACCCUAGAAGAUUCUUAAUACCUCAUCUCAUUGGCAACAUGAACAUUGAUAAGGCCCUUUGUGACUUAGAAGCAAAAAUGGAAGGUGUUCAAAUUCCCAUUAUCUAUGGAGGACCUUUCUUAGCAACUGCUAAAGCAAUCAUAUAUGUCAAAAAUGGGCGGUUGACUCUCAAAGUGGGAGAAGAAGAAGUGGAGCUCAACUUGUUUCAUGCCAUGAAACAAAUGCUAGAAACGGACAAGUCAUCUAAGAGUUAA